GUGUUUAUCGGUGGAUAUGCGCUGACGGCCGGAGCGGCGGAGAGACUCGUCUUUGGAUACGAUAGUUAUGGAAAUGUUUGCGGAAGAAGAAAUUCUCCGAUCCCUAAUGCCCCAUUAUCCGGGCAAGACAUGACGGGCAGGAGACACGUCUUUUUCCUGAACUCCUGUGAUCUGCGGAUCAGAGAUCUCCGGGUGGACUCCAUCGCUCUGUGUGUGACCUCUUGUCCUCAGGAGUCGCUGACGUCGCUCCAGGAUCUGCAGAUCUUCGCCAAGAACAAUGGCUCUCUCCUCUGCUCGUACACCCUAAAUUACACUCAGUAUACGGAUCCACAAGCGUCUGAGUGGUGUCCGGCGCUGCCCGUCCCCCCGAGUAAAUCCUUCCCGCUCUUCAAUCGUUGCGUUCCGCAGAAUCCAGACUGUUAUAGUAAAUUUGCCUCCGUUCUGAUCAAUGUGAUGAAUGAAGUGGAUUUCUUCCAUCGUCUCCUGAGCGGAAUCAUGGCCGGCAGGGACAAUGUGGUGGUCCUCAGCGUCCUGGCAGUAGUGCUGUCGGUGGUGAUGGUCGUGUUGUUCCGGUACAUUAGUGUCCUGAUGGUCCAUAUUCUGGCGUCUCUGCUGGUCUUCGGAUUGCUGUUCGUCUCCGGGGUUCUCUGGUGGCUUUACUACGAUCACAUCCAUGACGUCAGCUACGAGCUGGAAACCCAGAAAGAAAACGCUAAGUUCCUGCUGGGAUUCUCCAUAAUGUCGUCCUCGGGCUCGGUUGUUCUUCUCCUUUUAAUGUUCGUGAUGAGGAGGAGGAUCCAGACGACCAUUCGCCUCUUUCAUGUUGUCAGCCGCUUUAUCAGCCGUAUCCCCCUCCUGCUGCUGCAGCCUCUCUGGACCUUUCUCCUCCUCCUCUUCUACUGGAUCCUGUGGGUGGCCGUCCUGCUCAGCAUGGGGACCUCAGGCCGCGCUCUGGUGUCCUCAGACGGACAGGUGGAGUAUACAGCGCUGAGCGGCAUCCGCUAUAUGUGGUGGUAUCAUUUAUUUGGCCUGAUAUGGACCAGCGAGUUCUUCCUCACCUGCCAACAAAUAGUUAUCUCUGGAGCGACUGUCACAUGGUGUCUGCAGCGAGAUAAGGAGAAGGUGAAGCGCCCAAUCCUGUCCGCCAUGUCUCUUCUCUUCUGGUACCAUCUGGGCUCGGCCGUCCUGGGAUCUGUAGUGCUCAUGCUGGUGAAGAUCCCGCAGAUCCUUCUCAUGUAUCUGUCUCAGCUGCUGGAUACCCGGGUGAGUGUCUGA